AGCUGAUUCGUGACGUCACGGAUCUUAUAACCAAACUGAUAACUACACUCGCUUGAACGGAUUGGUAAAUACCAAGCCAAAAUGGUAAAUACCAUUUCCAUUUGGUUAUCCGCUUGAAUUUGAUUGAUGUUUUGCCCUGACUAGCGCUAUCCUUCUCGUGUCUCAUUCUAGCCGCAAUGAAUUCGCCUUACGCCUGUCGCCUGUUCCAUCAGUGUUGACAGUUCAUUGAAUGGGCCACACACAAUAGGAUCAUAGGUUAUGUUUAUUUCUACUGCGACAAGUUCACAAAUUUUAAAUUCAACUUCGCUUGGAAAAUAGUGAGGUGAUAAAAGAACUUCAAUGUCUUCAGAUUCGGAGGCAGAGUCGCACAGGGGGCCUGCCCCAACGCCUGGACACGGCUUAGACAGGUCUGCUUCCAAUUCGCCAAACUACAAAUCUGGCGAGGCUAGCCCCGAACGAUCCCCAACUGCACAUGCAAAAAGUCGUUCGAGAUCACCUAGUGCAGCAUCUAAUAGAUCUAGAAGUCCAGACGGCUCACAGAGGUCAGACUCGGCAGCAUCGAACAGGUCUAGGUCAAAUUCGCCUUCUAAGAGGUCAGGCUCUCAGGUUUCUCAAAGAUCAGGCUCACCUCAUUCUCCUAAGUCAGCUGCAUCUCACCGAUCUGGAUCUGCUGCAUCAAAUAGGUCAGGAUCUGCAGCUUCAAACCAUUCUGGAUCUCCAGUAGCCUCACAUAGAUCUAGAAGAUCCAGUUCAGCAGGUUCAAAAAGAUCACCAUCAGCUGCUUCAAAUAGAUCCCCAUCAGCUGUGUCUCAUAAGUCAGGCUCAGCAGCCUCAUCAAGAUCUGGAUCAGAAUCAAAAAGGUCUAGAUCAAAAUCCAUUGCCUCUAGAAGAUCCAGAUCAGGCACUCCAGGGUCUAAAAGAUCAGGCUCAGCUGGGUCUAAAAGGUCAGGCUCAGCUGGGUCUAAAAGAUCAGGCUCAGCUGGGUCUAAAAGAUCAGGCUCAGCUGGGUCUAAAAGAUCAGGCUCAGCAGGAUCUAAAAGAUCAGGCUCAGCAGGAUCUAAAAGAUCAGGCUCAGCAGGAUCUAAAAGAUCAAGGUCACCAGCAGUAGUUUCAAAAACAUCUAGAUCUAGAAGUCCAAAAAGAUCAAGGCCUGCAUCUGUAGCAUCAAAAAGGUCAAGAUCUGGCUCAGCAAGGUCUAAAAGGUCAAGAUCUAGGUCUCAAGCUUCAAAUAGGUCCAGAUCUGGAUCUGCAGCUUCAAAAAGGUCGAGAUCUCGAUCAGCUGGGUCCCAGCAUUCAAAAGAAGGAUCAAGAAGGUCAAGAUCGGGCUCACCAGCUUCUAAAGCAGCUUCAAGAAGGUCUAGAUCAGUAUCUGCUGGUUCAAAACGAUCUAGAUCUGGCUCUGCAGGUUCCAGAAGAUCAGGUUCUGUUGCAUCCAGAAAGUCUGGGUCUGAUAGGUCUAGAAGUGGGUCUCCUGCUUCAAGAAAGUCUCGGUCUAGAUCCCGAUCGAGGUCGAAAUCGAAAGCCCACAGCGGCUCGAACAGCCCUAACCUUCAAAUCGACGAAGACGCUGGAAAAAGCGAGAAAAGGCAGCGUGACAGUUCCGAAGAGGGCAGCCCAAAGAAAAAGAGGGUUCUGAUUUCUGACAGCGAAGAUGAAGGUGCGGAAGAAAAGGAACAAGUAGAUGCCGCUGAUAUUUUCGGCGAUGACGCGGAUGAUAUCAGUCUGAGCAGUGAAGGUGAGAAGGAGGAUGAGAAAGAAAAGGAGAAGGAUACCUCUGAUAGGGAGGAUGGAAGGAGAUCGAGGUCGGAUGAUGGCAGAAGGUCUAGGUCUGAGGUUGAUGAGACUGAACAGAGACCUGCAAUUGAAGAUGAUGAAGAGAAAGAACCUGAACCUGAACCCAUUCCAGAAACUCGUAUUGACGUAGAAGUACCGAAAAUAACAUGUGACUUGGGCAGAGAUAUUCAUUUCGUGAAACUGCCUAACUUUUUAUCAGUUGAAACCAGGCCAUUCGAUCCCGAGACUUACGAGGAUGAAAUUGAUGAAGAAGAAACGCUUGAUGAAGAAGGUCGCGCCAGGUUGAAGUUGAAAGUAGAAAAUACGAUAAGAUGGAGGGAAGUUGUGGAUGAAGAAGGGAAUAUAAAAAAAGAUUCCAAUGCGAGAAUAGUAAGGUGGUCAGACGGAUCUUAUAGUUUACAUUUAGGUGCUGAAAUAUUUGAUGUCUACAAACAACCUCUACAGGGAGACCACAAUCAUCUUUUCAUCCGUCAAGGUACGGGUUUGCAAGGUCAAGCGGUAUUCAGAACAAAACUGAGUUUCAGACCACACUCGACUGAGAGUUUCACUCACAGAAAGAUGACACUGUCAUUGGCCGAUCGGUCAACGAAAACCUCUGGUAUCAAGAUUAUGUCACAAGUGGGCAUUGAUCCUGACUUGGAUAAAGCCACUAGGCUUAAGAAAGAGGAAGAAAAACUUAGACAAACCGCAGCCAAGCCGAAAACAACAAGGAAGAAGACUGAUCCUGCAACUAGGGUGCACAGCACUUAUCAAGGCAGAGAAGAGGAGGGUAGCGAAGAUGAGGGUGGUAUUUCCCUUAAUGCAAUCAAGAACCAGUACAAGAGUGGCGCUGCAGCUCCUGCCAAGAAAGGUGGAGCUAUUUAUUCAUCUGAUGAAGAAGGAUCAGACAUUGAAAACAGUAGGACUAAGAAACAUAGCAAGCAGGCGUUGAAAGAUUCUGAUGAAGAAAGUGAGAGUGAAUAGAGUUGUUCAGAGCUAGAGAUGUGUAUAGCUGACAACAUUGGAAAUAUGUUUGUAAUGACCAAAAAUGCUUUACAGUAUUGGGACUUGGUAUUCCUGGAUUUUUCAUUUAGUUUUUAUCAAAUAUAUUAGACUUUUUUUUGUCAAUUUGUAUUCCUGACUGCCUACCUGUUCAGUUAUAGUAUAUAGUCCUUGAAACUGAUUAUAUGAAACAUUGUGUAUUUUUUUAAUCAGUAUGAGAAAAUAAAACUUUUUUUAUAA